AUGGGUGCUUGUAUUGGUAAGAAAAGUUCAAAAUAUUCUACGCGUUAUCAACCUGAAAUAACACCACCAAAAAUACAAGAUGAAGUCGCACAAAAUAAGCCUUCUCCAUCAUUAUCAAAGAAAUUACAAAUGAUAGAUGAUACCAUAGAUAAAAAUAAUGGUGAAUAUCGAAUAUCGGAAUUAGAUGAAAAUAGCAUCGAUUUAGAACUAAAAAUUAUUCUUGAAGAACAAAAGAUAAUCAAUGAAACAUUUAGUCAACCUUUAUCAUCACGUAUUGUUUCAGUUACAGAUUCUGAACUUGAAUAUGAAUUAGCAAAUCUUAUUUAUGGACAUCCAGAAAAAGAUUAUAUAGAAAAUCCAUCGAUUUCUAUUACUGAUAAAUCUCAUAGUGUGUAA